AUGACCUCACAGGCCGGCCACAGUAUGUCAGACGGCUGUGUCUCUGAGGUGGUGACGGGCAACACUGGGUUAGACUUCAGGUAUAACUCUGGUUCCUGCCGCCUCCAAAAGUUUUCUGACGAUUCCUCCAUCUUAGGGUGCAUCACUGAUGACGAGGAGGAGGAGUACAGAGGACUGAUAGAGAGCUUCAUCACAUGGUGCAACAGCAACCACCUGGAACUCAACAUCUGCAAAACAAAGGAGUUGGUAGUGGACUACCGGAAGGAAGAAGAGGCCCCCUGCCCUUGUCAUCAUGCAGGGUGUGGAGAUGGAGAGGGUGGAAUCAUACAAGAAGACAGGUUCAUUGUGAUCGUGGAUGUGGAACAGUGUGGCUCGUCGAGCAGGGAUUUGUUGUACAAUGUGACUGAUGGGGGAGGGUGGUGUUAUGCUGCAUAUUGUAAUGCAUCUUAUCAAAUUGAGAAACAUACUACUCAAUGUCCCACAACCAUCACCACAACCCCUGGCACCCCUAUGACUACAACCAUUGCUCCGCUCGAGGACUGCAUCUAUAUGAAUGAAACAAAAUUGCAUGGAGAGUGCUGGUCUGUUGACAACUGCAUGAAGUAUACCUGCCAUAAUGGCACGAUAAUAAAGACACCAUAUACCUGUCCACAAGUAGUUCAACCCAUAUGUGCCAAUGGACGCUCGCCUAUUAAGAGCUCUGAUGAAAGUGGAUGCUGCUACCGCUAUGAUUGUGAAUGUGCGUGCAGUGUCUGGUUUAAGUUGCACUACAACACAUUUGAUGGAAAAGAUUACACUUUCCAUGAGUACUGCGAUUUCUACCUGGUGAAAGAGAUAAUUCCAAAACAAAACCUGACUAUCAUAGUGGAUAAUCAGGCGUGUGACCCCGCAGACAGCAUGUUCUGUCCCCAGGCCGUCGUUGUUCUGUUCCAGUCCUUCAAGAUAGUUUUGACUCAGUCGAGGUAUACUCGGGAGGAAAACGCAUCUAUCCUGCCUUUAGAGAUUCCCACGUCUUUCACUAGAACAAACAUGGAGAUCACAUUGAAUAUACCAGUGAGUGGUCUAACAGUCGUCUAUAGAAUCCAUUCCUUCAGUGUUUACCUUCAUAAGACUCACUUCGGUGGGAAUACCGAGGGACAGUGUGGAACCUGUGACAACUCCAAGGCCAAUGACUGCCAUUCCCCAAAUGGGAUGAGGGGAAGCUGCUCAGGCUGUGCUGGCCACUGGGUUGUCCCAGGAACACCCUGUGAAAUCCCCACACCUCCCCCGUUUCCAACGACAACACCAACACCAGAGACCACAACAGUCAUAACAACACAGCUCCCCUGUAAAGCAACCAUCUGUGAACUCCUGACCAGCAGCCUGGUGCCAAAAUACCAACUGCAACACCAGGACAACCAUCACAAACAACAACAGCAGGACCUGGACAACCAUCAGGAACAACCGGAGGAGGAGCUGGACCACCGUCAGGGAGUUUCCCUUGAAAACAUCCACAGACGAGAAGUUGAAGGUUUUGAAUACCAGGAAGUACCUGAAAAGUGUUGCAGAGAGUGUGUCCAGAAGAGCUGUUUCCUCAUCGCACCUGACAACACAACACAUAACACUGAGAAAAUUAAGAGCUGUUGUGUGUGUGUGUGUCUGUGCAGGUAUUCUGCUGCCGAUAACGCGAUGAUGCGCCAGUGUGAGUGUUGCCAAGAAGCCAGGACGAGUGAGGCUCGAGCAGAACUCGAGUGUGCAGAUGGCACGACGAUCCAGCAUCGCUUCACCAAAGUGGAGAGCUGUCUGUGCAACAGAGCAGAGUGUGAGGGGGGGACAACAAAUGUUCCAGCGAGGUGCCGCAGGAGACGCUGAUCAGUCUGAACUCCUUCAGACACCAUUCAAGACAGAAUGUCAGAGCUUCUUAUACUUCUAUAUUUCAUGGUCUCUUUAUUUACAGUAAGUGUCACUACUGUAAU